AUGCAACAAAGACCAGCUACGCACACGAGGACCGAAGUCGUACGGGCAAACGAUUGGGUCCUCAAACUCUCCAAGGCCUGGCUGGCAGUACAAUUAACGACCUACGGAGGGAAAUACUCGAUUGAGCGAAUUCUAGCACUGGACAAGUACAUCCAACAAACGCCACUUUACCGGGCGGUAUUGGUAUGUAUUGCCGUACCGACUACGCUGAUCUUACUAGUCUUUGGCCAGGAAAGUAUCCCUUUACAAGACCCUUAUGAAGGCUGGAGCUCAAAUUAUGGCUUCUGGGUGCGCGUUUGUUUACUUGGAGCCGCCGUGGGGUACGCAGCCGCAACGUACGUUGGGUAUAUGAUCGACGGAGCAGCAUUACCUCGUCGCCAACUUGCGCUCUUCACCGUAGGAGUGGCGAUGAGCUACACUGCCGUAAACAUCGCAGUGGCAGCUUGGUUGGUAUUUCCGAUUCCAUUCCAGGCUUUUUCAACGAACGUGUUUAUAAUGUUCAUAUUGAUCGGGUUAUAUCGGGUCGUCGUUGGAGGCUCUGUAUUCCGUGAAGUUUUUGCACGACGAGGUGAGCUCUUGGCGUUCAAGAACUUUGUACUGGUGCAGAUAUCCAUGCUAUUGGCCUAUCCAGCCUUUCAGAUUUUGUUUGGACUUGUUACGAAUACUCGAUGGGAGGUCCCGGUUUUGAUGAUUCUGCCUAUCAUGAAGCUUGUUAUGAAAAACCUAAUGGUCCGAACUAUCAGGCACCGGGAAGAUAUGAUACCGGAGGAAGUCAUCUUCAUCGUCGACUUCUUCGACGCGUUGUACCUGGCCACGUGCAUGCAAAAUGCUUCGUCAACUACGUCCGUUAUAGGGGUCGUAUGUCAUCAUCUGAUCCAGAGUGCGGUCGAAUUGCGUGAAUUACGGAGGAAAACCCGCAGUACGUUCGUUCGGCUACACAAAGAGAUAUCAAGAUCUUCAGCUUCAGAUAACUCUGCCGAGCGGAAGACAGUGGAAUGUGCGCGGCUUCUCCACGACGUAGCUGAGGUGCUGUUCACGUCCGAAUGCCUCGUUCUGACAGAGUUCUUGGAAACGGUCAUCCCCAUUUUGUAUGGGAACUAUGUCUUGUUGAUGGUUCACUUGCCGAGUGCGCAGUAUCACACUGAAAUGGCAUAUGUCACGAAGGAAAACGUUGCCGGUAUGGUCCAGGGGAUCUUUGUGUACGGCUUCCUCGAAUGGCUUUCAUGUACAAUUGUUGCGGUCAUCAUGUACCGGGACUGCGGAAUCAGAGCUCUUCAUCAGCUCGCGUUUGUGAUCGAGACACAGAUUCACCUUGUGCAGGCUAAGCUUGUUCUCUACGUUAUGAUUACGUUGACUUAUCGCGUAGUUCAUUUUGGUACGUCCCAGCAUGAGCUUGGGGGUUCUGGUCUCUUUGCUAUAUUUUCUUUGUAG